AUGUCUGCCCCUCCUCAACUGAUCCACAUCAAGAGGAAGCGGGGCGAUGAAGAUGCUCCGGUCACCUACCUUCAACUCGAGCCGGGAUCCAAACGACAUCUAGCCGGCAGCAGCUGGGUCUAUCAGAGGCGCCUCGCCAAAGCCAGCGCAAGAUCCGCUGCCGCUGCCGCCGCAGCACAGCACCCAUCGCAACCCUCCAUACCGGUCAUCCAGACGUCGAAGCCCGGUGACGAGAUCUCGAGCCCGCAUCGCCCACCUCACUCGAGCAGCCAUGCUCUUCCGACAGGAAAGGCACCGGCAGUGGCGCCGCCGCCACGGACCCAGCUCGAUGCACAGAAGCCCCUGCCGCAGACCGCUUCCGAUCCGCAACGCCCUCAGAACCCGGCCACCGAGCCGAGACGAUUCCACAUGUCCAGGUCGGCCAUGAGUUCGCCUGGGGGCAGCACUAUACUCAAGGCCGGUGGUGUCUCCAAGCGGGGACGCUACGGGACAGCCGUGUUCGUGGAGCGGGGGAAGAAGAAGAGCGCACGCCGGGUCGCCACGGCGUCUGGCGGCACCACACCGACGACGAUGACCACGGAGGGUCUGCCAGCUGAUGUUGAGAUGAAGGAGGACCACAAGCCGGCGCCUAAGAAGCCACUUGCCAAACGCCCCCCUCCCUCGCGUGCGGCCUCCGAGGCGACGACAGGGCCGGAGACGCCUAGCGGAGAGCCGCAGCGCAAGCCCAUGCCCGGCGCGGCUCCCACGCAGGAUAUGAGCAAGAUCGCGGCCGACAUGGACCAAUGGGUUCUCCACGAGAUCGGGCUGAAUCUCCAGGCUAUGGAGCAGCAGCCGCCGCGCUCGCAGUCCGCCUUUUCGUCGCCUUCACGCUUCAAGCCCAAGGCGCCAGCCAAACGCUUUGCCGAGCGCCACCCGGAAAUGGUCAAGAAGCUCAAUGGCGGCGACGAAGCCAUGACGGAGGCGAGCGAAGACGACGACGAGAGCGACGACGACUACGUUAUUGAGGUGUACGAGCUCGCGCCUUCGAAGCCGGUGCUGGCGGAGAUUCCGCCCGAGCAGAUUGGUGUGCUCAGGUUCGAUUCGCAAGAGGAUUUGGAACUGUUUUACGGUAACGAGGACGACGAUUCGGAUCUUGACGAUGAUGAAGACGAGAAUGCCGAGAAUCACUACACGGCGGAUUACCCCGAAGAUGAGGUCGAUUCCGAGGACGAGUACGAUCGCCACGCCUACUUGUUCCGCAACGCCAAUGCCUCGGAUGAGGAGGAGUUUGACACCCGCGAUCCGUACGAGGACGAGGACGACGAUAUGUACGUCAUGGAGGGUGAUGAGCGGCGGGACGAGGACGACGUCUUUCAGGACAAGAUUCGGCGUUACAUUCGCCAGCACGGCGACAUGUAA